AUGGCCCCUCCUCCCGGACCCCAUAUCCAGUCGGCCAUCCCCUCCGAUACCGAGACGCCUUUCCCAAAGCUGGUACGAUCGUCAACCCUCCCGGCCAGUCUGCCGACCAGCUCUCGUUCGUCCUCUCUCCAUCAUCGCUCCUCCUCGCAUCUGUCCCCCGAGGACGCUUACGCCCCGACCUCCCCGCCCCGUCGCGCGACUCCGUAUGCCAAUUCUGCCGCCGGCAAUGGGCCCAGCGCUGAUGACCGCCGUCGCAUCCGGCACAAUGACGGCAGCCGCAGCCGCAGUCGCCGUCGCAAGCGCUUCCAGAAGCUGCUCUGGGUGAAGCAGUCUUAUCCCGACAACUACACCGACCAAGCUACCUUCCUCGAGAACCUCCAACGCAAUCCCCGUGUCCGUCCCUAUGACUUCUGGCCGCUAGUCGCCGACACUACCGUCAUCGUCCAGCACGUCUGCUCUGUCAUCAUCUUCAUCGUCUGCUUCGUCGGCAUCUUCCAAGAGCGGGUCAGCCCUGUCGCCGUUGUCGGGUGGAGCAGCUUCGCUACCUUUGUCGGCUGGCUGAUAUGGGACUACUGGGUCACCCAGGAAUUGCAGUCCCUUCCUCCGGACCACGAGGCCAGGACCCUCAUAGGCAGAGAAUACCCCCCCCCGCCGGCGCCGCCUCCUUCUCUUCGGCGUCAGGACUCAACAGGCCCCGGGCGGCCGUCGAUAGCCACCAGCAUUGUGACCAGCACGUCCAACUUGCCAUCAGCCGCGAGCUCGACUACAAACCUCUUGCAAGAUCAGAACGCGUCGUUGCAGGCUUCCCAACCACAGAACAAUGGUGAAAACAGCACCACCACCGGCAGCAAUGGCAAUGGCAACGGCAGCAGCAAUAACGGGGAAAACGGCAAUGGCUCAGGCAAUACUCUCCUAGUCCCAGGCCACCCACACUCACGCUCCGUCAGCUCCCUCAACUCCAUCUCAUCCCAGGCCAGCACAACCCCUAACCCAGCCAACCCUCCCACUCCAAACGUAACAACACCCCCGCCCUCAAGCCGCAUGUACGCCCGCAUCAGCACCAUUAAGUCCGCCAUCCUCAUCUACUUUACCCUUCUCGGCCUCUCCCCCAUCCUCAAAUCCCUCACCCGCUCCACCUCCUCCGACAGCAUCUGGGCCAUGUCCUUCUGGCUGCUCGCCCUCAACAUCUUCUUCUUCGACUACUCCGGCACGAGCUGGGUCGGCCGCGGCACCGGGUCCUCCUCCUCUGCCACCGCGGCGGCGGUGGCAAUCACCUCCUCCUCUCACGCUCCUGGUCCGGGCCCAGGAAUGAAGAAGAAAAAGAUGCCUGUUGCGUCGCUGUCGACGAAUGCGGCGCUGAUGGCGUCGACUGUGUUGGCGAGCAGACUGCCCUCGACGGGGCAGGUGUUUUCGCUGACGCUGUUCAGCAUUGAGGUGUUUGGGCUCUUUCCUGUUUUUAGGCAGCUUGCCAGGCAUAGGAGUUGGAGGUAUCAUGUUUUGUUGACGGUGGCAUUGGUGUGUGGUGCGGGUGCCGGGGUGGGCAUUAUUCUGGGGGAUCCGGCGAGGCCUUGUGAGGCUGUUGGAGUCAGUGGUGAGCUCGGUGUUUCUUGA